AUGCAAACCAUUUCAGAGGACUUUGCAACAUUGGCAACUCCCGGACCCUUUUCUCUCCAACGACCCGGUAGUAGCACGUCGUCUACGGAAGAUGGGGGUAUUUUUUUGGAUCAAGUCUUGCCCAACCAUCAAGCUGUCCGUGUACAGUCGACAGGAGCUACGAGACAGCAGACGUGGUGUGGUAUCUCGACGAAAUCUCUGGAUGAGGGUGUGCCUGUGGUGAUGAGCAUUGUCAUUGGCUCAUACUUUGGUGUGGGGAUUCGAGUCCUGCUUACCGAGUUUGCCAAUGUCAUGUACGAGAUUCAGACGGAAUUGCUGCAAUUGCUCGGCUUUGGCUAUUACUUACCAAAUGUGGUCGGCUGCUUUGUUAUGGGCGUCGCUGCUCGCAUUAAGCCAGCACUACGUGGUCAGUAUGACGUGCUACUGACGGGCGUGACAACAGGAUUUUGUGGCAGUUGCACCACUUUUGCUAGUUGGGACGUUGGAGUCGCUCUCACGUUCGUUCAUGGCCGAUGGUUGAAUGCCAUUUUAAUGUUGUGUGUACAUGUGGCGAGUGCAAUGAUGAGUCUUCGACUUGGCUUUCACGUAGCAGAGGGGAUCGUGCACUACUUCACUUUGCAAGAAUAUCCAUUCCGUAAACCGCCAGUCAACCUUGGACAGCUUAAUCUGGAUCUCGAAAGGAACAUCAAUCACUUUCGAGAGAUCAAGAUGCAUACAUUUGGACCAUUAGUUACUCGACGAGUGCGAGCUACGGAAGAAUCGCUGGCUGUAGCGAGAGAUUCUUGCAACGAACUGAUGGCGGAAAUUAUCCAAGUCGAACAUGAACAGUAUCCCAUUCACCACAACAAUAAAGUAUGGAUUUCGAUAGCUCUUACGCUCACGGCGCUUUUUUGGACACUGGCAUUCUGUGGUUUCGACAAUUAUCCUAGCUCGAGAAUCCUGGCACUUUGCUUUGGUCCAUUUGGCGCACUGCUGCGGUGGUACUUGUCACUGUACAACAGCAAACCCAAGUGUAAACGGUUCCCGUUUUUUACAUUUUUACCGAACGUAUCUGCAUCGUGUCUCAGUUGUUUUAUGGAGAUCGUUGGCAGUAUUGUGCACAAUAACAGUGCGUUUGCCUACCGUCAUUUCGUGAUGUUUGGUCAAGGAGGCAUCGUGGUUGGCUUUCUUGGGUCACUCUCUACCGUAUCGUCGUGGGUUUAUGAGUUGGAUAGUCUCUCAUCGAGGCGCUUGAUCUGGGCGUAUCGCUAUGGACUUGCUAGCGUCAUUAUCUCACAGCUCGCGAGUGUUUUUAUUCUAGGCAUGUACGACGCGUAUGGUAGUGAUCCUCUCAUUGAAUAA